AUGGGCGCAUUCAUCCCCCGGGCUAAUCUGAACAGAGCCCGGCCCGCGCCGCGGACCCGCUGGCCUCCGCCCGCGCCGGGAAUCACUCACUCGAGGGCCUUCGACGGGAAAGUCGGGCGACAACGGGACCCAGGCGGGGCCGAGGGGGACCGGGAAACAGGAAGCUCGGCUUCUCGGCCUGGGAUGGCCCCAGAGUUGGACGCACAAGGCCUGCGGGAUCUGAAUGCAGAUGCCUUUCGCUGGCUGCGCCUCUGGCUCUCUAGUGGAGCCGGCUCUUGUGCUGGACCUAACACUGCAUACCGCUGGCCCCACACAGACAGAACAAAUGUGCCCAGAGGCCCCCUUAGCAAGGCAAACCUGUCCACGCCAGGCAUGGAGCAGCCAGCCAAAAGAGGGGCCUGUGCCAGCAAUAACCCAGAGGUAAAGUCCCGAGCACAGUCUCAGCGGGGACGCGAUCGGGGGCAGCAGAGAGGGACCCCAGGCUGCGAGACGAAGGGGCAAGGGACGUGCGGGGUUGGAGUACCCCCGAGCUUUCCUGCGCCUGAGAUUUGGGGUGCCAGGAGGGUUGGCUGCGAACGGGCGGACGGGAGCGGGGAUGCCCUUCGGGCGGCGGGGAAACCGAGCGUUCGCCCUCCACCUCGGUUCACCGGCGAAGAAGAAGGGGAGCGGGAGGGACCCCAGGCUGCGAGACGAAGGGGCAAGGGACGUGCGGGGUUGGAGUACCCCCGAGCUUUCCUGCGCCUGAGAUUUGGGGUGCCAGGAGGGUUGGCUGCGAACGGGCGGACGGGAGCGGGGAUGCCCUUCGGGCGGCGGGGAAACCGAGCGUUCGCCCUCCACCUCGGCGUGGUGAGCGAGCGCGGCGAGGAGCGGCUGCGCUCGUGCCACCUCUGCAACGCGUCGGACCCCAAGAAGGCGCAUCCACCAACCUUCCUCACCGACCUCAACAAUCCGCACAACCUGACGUGCUGGCAGUCGGAGAACUUCCUGCAGUUCCCGCACAACGUCACGCUCACACUGUCACUCGGGAAGAAGUUCGAGGUGACCUACGUGAGCCUGCAGUUCUGCUCGCCACGGCCGGAGUCCAUGGCCAUCUACAAGUCCAUGGACUACGGGCGCACGUGGGUGCCCUUCCAGUUCUACUCCACGCAGUGCCGCAAGAUGUACAACCGUCCGCACCGUGCGCCCAUCACCAAGCAGAACGAGCAGGAGGCCGUGUGCACCGACUCGCACACCGACAUGCGCCCGCUCUCCGGCGGCCUCAUCGCCUUCAGCACUCUGGACGGGCGGCCCUCGGCGCACGACUUCGACAACUCGCCCGUGCUGCAGGACUGGGUCACAGCCACCGAUAUCCGUGUGGCCUUCAGCCGCCUGCACACGUUCGGCGACGAGAACGAGGACGACUCGGAGCUGGCGCGCGACUCGUACUUCUAUGCUGUGUCCGACUUACAGGUGGGCGGCCGCUGCAAGUGCAAUGGCCACGCGGCCCGUUGCGUGCGCGACCGUGACGACAGCCUGGUGUGCGACUGCAGGCACAACACGGCGGGCCCGGAAUGCGACCGCUGCAAACCGUUUCACUACGACCGACCCUGGCAGCGCGCCACGGCCCGCGAGGCCAACGAGUGCGUGGCCUGUAAUUGCAACCUGCACGCUCGGCGCUGUCGCUUCAACAUGGAACUCUACAAGCUGUCGGGUCGCAAGAGCGGGGGUGUCUGCCUCCACUGCCGCCACAACACAGCUGGUCGCCACUGCCAUUACUGCAAGGAGGGCUUCUACCGAGACAUGGGCAAGCCUAUCACCCACCGCAAGGCCUGCAAAGCCUGCGAUUGCCACCCUGUUGGUGCUGCUGGCAAGACCUGCAACCAGACCACCGGCCAGUGUCCCUGCAAGGAUGGGGUGACAGGCAUCACCUGCAACCGCUGCGCCAAGGGUUACCAGCAGAGCCGCUCUCCCAUCGCGCCCUGCAUCAAGAUCCCUGUAGCACCACCAACCACUGUAGCCAGCAGCGUGGAGGAGCCGGAAGACUGCGAUUCCUACUGCAAGGCCUCCAAAGGGAAGCUGAAGAUUAACAUGAAAAAGUACUGCAAGAAGGACUAUGCCGUCCAGAUCCACAUUCUGAAGGCAGACAAGGCAGGGGACUGGUGGAAGUUCACGGUCAACAUCAUCUCCGUGUACAAGCAGGGCACAAGCCGCAUCCGCCGAGGUGACCAGAGCUUGUGGAUCCGCUCCCGUGAUAUCGCCUGCAAGUGCCCCAAAAUCAAGCCCCUCAAGAAGUACCUGCUGCUGGGCAACGCUGAGGACUCGCCUGACCAGAGUGGCAUCGUGGCAGAUAAGAGCAGCCUGGUGAUCCAGUGGCGGGACACGUGGGCACGGCGGCUGCGCAAAUUCCAGCAGCGGGAGAAAAAGGGCAAGUGCAAGAAGGCCUAGCGUGGCGCAGCAGGGCGCCACGGCCGGGUGAGCGCGAGCAG